AUGGUCAUCGGCAUAUUUGCUGGAAUACUCAGCAAAGUGAUCGGUCUGGCCAAGCCGCUGCGAUUCUCGCCAGAGGUGUUCUUCUACGCCCUGCUCCCCCCCAUCGUGUUUGCAGCGGGCUUCACAUUGAAGAAGAAGCAGUUUUUCCACAACCUUGGGCCGAUCCUCAUGUUUGCUGUGGUGGGCACCUUCAUUUCCGCCCUCGUGUUUGGGUUUGCAACCUACCUGCUGGUGCUCCUGAAGGUGGUCAACAUCACGAGCAUGGCAGGAGCGCCCCUCGUGGAGUGCCUGAUGUAUGGCUCGGCCAUCUCCUCCAUAGACCCGGUGGCCACCCUGGCCGUGCUGACGGACACCGACGUCCCCCCCAUGCUGUACAACCUGGUGUUUGGGGAGAGCGUGCUGAACGACGCCGUGGCCAUCGUUCUCUUCCGCUCCCUGGCCAAGUUCUAUGACACGCCCAUGGGCCUGAGCAGCCUGCUAGGCGUGCUGGUCAGCUUCGUGGCCCUGGCCCUGGGCAGCCUGGCCAUCGGUGUGGCAGUGGCCCUGGCCGCCGCCUUCCUGCUCAAGCGUCUGGAGCGGCCGGCGGCGGGGCGCAGCCACGUGGAUGGUACGCUGUACGAGAUCGCCAUCGUGGUCAUGGGCUCCUACCUCGCCUACCUCCUGGCGGAGCUGGCUGGCAUGAGCGGCAUCGUCGCCCUCUUCUUCUCAGGCGUGUGCCAUGCACACUACUCCUACUACAACAUCGGCCAGGAUGCCCAGAUCACCCUUCGCAAGCUGUCGGAGUUCCUGGCCUUUGCCUGCGAGAUGUUUGUCAUGGCCUACCUGGGCCUCCAGGUCGCAACGAUGCAUCACAAGUUCGACCUGGGCCUCUUCGUGACGGGCGUCCCCCUGGCAGUCUUCUCCCGCGCCGCCAACGUCUUUCCCUGCUCCUUCAUCCUCAACCAGGGCCUGCAGCACCGCAUGCCCCGCAACCUGCAGCUCAUGCUCUGGGCGGUGGGCUUGCGGGGCGCCGUCGCUUACGGCCUGGUGGUGAACCUCCCACGCAGCGACGCGCCCGGGGAGACGGGCGUCCCCGCCAUCGAGACCGCCACGCUCUUCAUCGUGGUCGUGUCCACCCUGGUCAUGGGGUCUGCCACAGGUCCACUGCUGACGGCCCUGGACCUCGUGAACAAGGACGACGCCCAGCUGCACCAAAUGUCCCUGGCCGAGGAUGGGCUGGCCAGUCCCAUGCAUGGCGGCCCGGAGCUGGGCCGGUUUGAGGUCACCAUCCGCUCGUGGACGCAUGAGAAGUUCAAGGAGCUGGAUGAGCUCAUCCUGAAGCCGCUGUUUGGGGGAAACAGUAACCGAACGGAGGACUGGGUCCAGGACGCCACCAUCAGGUAG